UACUUCAUACCAAGAGAGAGUAACCCUUUUCUGCUGAAACCCCUUCCUUUGAUUGUCCAACAUCAACAAUGGCUUCUUGUUUCAACCACUACCUCAAAUUUCCCAACCACCGUCGCUAUUCCAAAUCCCAAAUGUGCCUCUUCAAAAUUAUCCACAUUAUUUCAUCCAUCCCUCCCUCCAAACAACAACCUUUUCCCAACAACAACAACAAAGGUAGUAGUUUCGAUUUAAAUCUCAGAUUCUGUUCCAUCACAAAAAGUGAAGAAUCCGAGAUUGAUCAACACAACAACGAAGGAAGAGAAAUAGAGAAACCGAAAUUUGAAGAAGAGGUGUUUGAGGCCGAUGACGUGGCGAAAACGACGUCGUUUCGAGGUGGAAAUAGUAACUGUUUGGAUUUACUUAUCGAAGCGGCGAGAGUGUUAUCUGAAAAAAACGAGUUUGACUCGGAGGAAGAAAGAGAAAUCGGGGACGAGUUGAUGACGAGUCGUGGAGAACGGGUUAAGAAAAAGAAAGAGAGGUUGGUGGUUGUGAGAGAACCGGUGGUUCGGUCUAAGAGAGGAAGGAACCAAGUGUUACCGUGCCGGUUUAGAGACUCGGUGGUUGAACCGUUGAAACGCACGGGACCGAACCGGAGAAUGUCGUCGAAUGCUAAAGCGAGUAAACGACUACUUCGCUAGGCAUAGUUGCUGGGACAGAUUUCGUUUUGUAUAAGGCUAUGGAACUGGCUUAUUGCUCAUUGUUAGGUAGAAUAUUUAUUUGGUUAUUUCA